AUGGCAUCCAAAACAGCCUCCAUCCCGCGGUACUUGCUACCCCAAUACGGCACGCUAUGGCGCACCGCAGCCCUCGCUCGAGCUCCCCUCCUCAGCGCCGAGCUAGGCCAGGUAUUGUUAGUGCGCUAUACCUCCAAGACCGCAACUCGGACACCUUCAUCUUCGACCAAAGCCAGCCAGCACCACCACCACAAGUCGUCGCCCGCCGCCAAAGCCGCCAAGCACUCCGCGCCGACGAAGCCCCUUCCCAAGACCGCGGCCACUACCAAGGCUGCUGCUCCUAUAACCAAAGAAGAUGAGCCUCCGCAGACCCCGAUCCUAAAGACCGCGACCCCGCAUGCUGCUGCUGCUGCAUCUAAGCCGGUCGCCCCGUCUAAACCCAUCGUGCUCGAGAAGCCCGAGCGAUUCAACCCCCCGUCCCACGGCGCACGCCUACCGAGGUCGACCCCGGCGCACUACGGAGGCCCCGCGACAGACGCCGAGCUGCAAGCCCAGGCCGCAAAAGCGUACCCGGGGCUACCGCCUCCGGAGAACACAUGGACGCACUGGUUCAUCCACAGCCGAGGGAUUCACUUAUUUAUUACCUUGGGCACCCUCACGUCCCUAGGAAUCUACACCUUCAUCGCCAACUUCAACGCCAAAUCCCCCUUCGCCAACCUGAUCCCACCCAUCUCCGAGCUCCCCUGGCACCCCUUCCAGUACCUCGGCGUCGUCAUCGACGUCAUGCGCAUGCACGAGGAACACGAGUCCGCCCUGACCGCCGAGAAGCGCCGCCGCAAAGUCGACGACGUCGCCAAGAGGAACGAGUACCGCAAGGCCCAUGGCAUGGGCCCCGCUCAGGGAUUCUGGGCUACCAGCGAUAGCAGCAGUAGCAGCGAUAGCAGUAGUACCAAGCCCGCUGAGCCCGAGACUACCGAACCCGUCCCCAUCGUCGAGUCUGCUGCGCCCGAGCCCAACCCAGCUGCGGCUGAGUUCACCCCAGACGGCAAGCGCAAGAAGUUCCUCGGGAUAUUUUAA